AUGGGAAUCAAUGGACUCGCCAAUGGCUACCCACAGCUACAGGCCUACCUUGAUCAAAAUCUGAUCAAUGGCUCCGCAGCAGCCUUCAAGAAGCCGCUCACCCAGUGUCUUGGUGAUGAUACCAAUCAGUUCAUCUUCAAGAACAUUUACAUUUUCUUCGACAACGGCCAGGACUGUGGAUGCCGCCAUCGUCAAGAACGCUCCGGUGAUGCGUUGAGCUUCAUAAAAGCCAGAUUCAAUAGUGUACCUGCUGCUGCUGGCUGCAAGACAAACACUGUCAUUACUGAUCUUGCUGACGCUGGUGCACUCGCUGGGUUGAGCAGUUCGUUGGUUGGAGCUCUGCUGGCUUUCUUGCAGAUUCCCAUCGGUGCUUCUAGACUUCCUUCGGUGAUUGGGUCUUUCUUCCUGUAA